AUGACAUCAUCGAAGCAACGUUCUAUGCGGCUACCACGAUUCAAAUUAUGGCAUCCAAUAUUACCGGCAUUUUCAGCUCGCUUAAUCAUAGCGUUUCGCACUCUCCUAGGAAUUACUUGUGUAGCUGGAUUUACUCUUUCUCCAAUAACAUCUCAAUUAAUACAAGGUCAACUUCUGCUGGGUAUUAGUUUUAUAGUUGCUAUUAAAAGUACACUUGGUGCAACAAUUCAAACAGCCCUUCGUUUAUUUAUUGCUGGUGCCAUUUCGGCUGCAUAUUGUCUUUUAAUUAUUAAUUUUUGUCCACGAAAGGUUUCUGUAGGCAUUGGUGCAACGAAUAUUCUGGUUCUUCUUAUUGUUUAUACUGAUUUACCUGUAACUGUUCGUCGAUUUUCUAUUGUACCGACAUGUAUUAUACUUUUACAAUGGAUAACAAAACCACAUAUAAACACUUUUUUUGUACUUCAAGUUUGGCUGUCAUUAACAGCAGGUGCUACACUUGCCGUGAUUGUUACAAGUAUUCCAUUGCCAGUUAUACCAACUGCCUAUCGAGAAUUAACAAUGCGUAUGAGAUUUAUUACUCGACAGGCACGACGUGAAAUAACAGCUAUUGUUUUAUUCAUAUCUGAAUAUCAUAAUAUACAUUUAAACGAAGGAUAUGAUGGCCAAACUAAUCAAAAUAGAUUAAAUGCGAGUAAUUCUGAUGAUAAUAAUGAUGGUGGUAUUGAAAUGCCAUCGAAUUCUUAUCGUGAAGACGAUCUUUAUCGUUGUUCAGCGUCACUUGAAGAUUUAAAAGAUGAUCAUUUACUUAAAAGUGAUAUACAAGAUUUGCAUGCAUUAGUUAAUGAAGAACUAAAACAAAUGCAACGUGCUUUGACUGAAAUUUCAUAUGAACCCUAUUUCAUAUUUUUGACACUCCUCAAUUUCAUAAGAGGAUUCUUACGACAUGUUCCGUUUAUAAAAAAGUUCAUCAAAACAAAAUCAACAUUAGAAACACGUUUAUCAAUAUGGACGACAAGUCUUGCCGCUAUACAACGAACAAUUACCGGUUUAUUAACAUUAGAUCAUCAUCAUCGAGCAUUUGUUGGUCAACGACAAUUAAUUAAUACAAUAUGUCGUCUUCUUGAUUCAACAUUUGAUUUCUUGGAUUCGACAAUUCGAUAUACAACAUCAUCAACAAACUAUUUCAAUACAACACAAACCAUUGCUUGUCGAGUUAAAGUGGAAGAAGCACUUGAAGACUUUUUUGAAACAUAUACACAAGUACGCGAAAAUCCUCGUCAUGCUAAGAUAUCAAAUACAGAUGCCAUUCAUUUGAAUACAUUUCUUCUACUUAUUUUACGCCUUGUUCAUGUAACAAUCACUGCUGCUGAAACAAGUAAAACUCCUGGUGCUCGUCUUGAUACUGGUACAGAUUCAACAACAAAUGUACAGAAAUCAAAAAAGCCAUUCAACUGGAAAAAACCUUUUUACGAUCUUGCUACUUAUAUUGGUAUAAGACCAUCGUUUGGUAAAUUAGUACGCGCAGUAAAAACAAGUUUAAGUGUACUUAUUUCUGCUGUCGUUGUUUUCACAUAUCGUAAACGUUUACAAGCAUACGGCUGGGUUUAUUGGGCACCCAUGACUACAGCACUUGUUUCCGAUUCAUCUGAAGGUGGUACACUUCGUUUAUCAUUUCAACGUUUAAUGGCUGUCUUACUUGGUUCAACUUAUGCAUAUGUUAGUGUACUUGUCACACAGAAUCAUGUAGGUGUUGGAAUAUGUAUUUGUUUAUUUGUUGGAUUAAUGGGAUAUCUUAAAACAGAUCCAAGAAAAGAAUAUUUUGCUAGUGUCUGUGCGCAAUCAGCGUCGAUCAUAACGUUUCUAUCCAAUCAUCAGGGACAAAUGGAUGAGUCCAAUAAAGCUGUUUUAGCUCGAACAAGUUUAACAUUUCUGGGAAUAUUUAUACAUGUUCUUAUUUCUAAUAUAUUGCUACCAAUUACAGCUCGUGCAUUAAUUAAAAAGAAAGUAUGCUUGAUGAUUAAAAAUGUAUCUGGCUCAUUACAAGCGUCAUGCGAUGAUUUUUGUACAUUUAUUGGUUCAUCAGUUACACCUCAACCAAAUACAUCAUCAAAACAAGCAUCAUUUAAUCUAAUGAAAACUCUUGGAGAAACUGAAGGUAUUGCUGACAAUUUUUCUGCUCUACUUGAUGAAGCAAUCAAUGAACCGAACUUUUGGAAACGGCCAUUUGUGCAAGUGAAAGAUCGUUACAAUGACAUCGCUAAAUCUUUACGUCGAAUUAGUGCGAAUAUUCGUUUUGUUCAUCGUUGUACAACAAUACUUGAAGCUGAAUCAAAAUUACAUUUUGCUCAAGAAGCCAAAUGGCAAAUGCGUCGCACAAGUAUUGCUCAGGUAAACACUGGUGAUGAGUCCAAACCAUCUCAUUCUUGGACAACAACUGAUUUACGCAAAAAAAGACAAUUACAAAAUGAUCUUGACAUACCAUUAACAAUUUUUAUGAAUUAUUCUACAAAUUCAACAGCAAGAUUUGAACAAAAAACUUUAGUAUCGAAUAAUUCAUCAGCAUCACUUCGUUUAGCACAUACAACAUUAUAUCAACCUGUUCUCGAACAUAUUCGUACACUUGAAAAUCAAAUUCAGAGAGUAUUAUCUUUAACAGAACAAUUAAUCAAAACACAAGCAGCAGUUGAUGUUGGUUCAUUUGAAUUACAACAAUUAUGUCGGGAAGAUUCAUAUGAUGAACAGCAAAUAAAACUUUUAAAAACUCAAAGAAGAUUAAAUCGUGGCCCAUCUUUUUAUGUUCCUCCACAAUCUGAAGCACUACCAAUGGUUGCAAAUCAUUACAAAUUUUUGUCUUGUUGCCGUAGUUCACAAGAAGUUCCUGAACCAUUACCAUCAUUACGUAAUGCUGUCGAUUUAAUGUUUACAUCAUUAAUACAAUUUCUUCAUGCUAAUAAUCGUUUUAUUCGUACUGAAUUUGUAUCAAGUCAAUCGAUUGGUGACGUGUUAACAUUUCAUACGUUGUCUUAUGCACUAAGAGAUAUGGUUGAAGCAACAACAGACUUGGCGAAAAAUGCUCGACGAAUUAAACAUAUCGAUACACGAACAUUAAUACGAACGAAGCGAGAAGAAAAACUUCCGUCACCAUAA